AUGGGCAAAUCUUCAAAAGACAAACGCGAUGCUUACUACCGCCUGGCAAAAGAGCAAAACUGGCGUGCGCGCUCAGCAUUUAAGCUGAUUCAGAUUGACGAGCAGUUCGACCUUUUCGCGCAUUCAGAUCCAGAUAGCGUGACACGAGUAGUGGAUUUAUGUGCGGCGCCUGGAAGCUGGAGCCAAGUUCUUAGCCGAGUGCUGAUCCGUGGUGAGGCCUUUGGACGAAGAGCCUGGGAAGCAAAGAGAAAACAGCAAAUAAAGGCACUGAACCGAUGUGAACAGCAAAAAGACAAAGCAGACGAGGAAGAAGAAGAGGAGGAGGAGGAGGAGGAGGAGGAGGAGGAGGUAGCCGCCCUCAAGCCGCGCAAAAAUGUCCGCGUCGUUGCGAUUGACCUGCAGCCCAUGGCUCCCCUGGAGGGCAUAACAACUCUCAAAGCAGACAUCACACACCCGUCGACGAUCCCGCUGCUUCUGAAAGCACUAGAUCCGGACCUAUAUACAGAUAUUGAAAACGAAAAUUUACAGCAUCCGUCUCCAUUACGGCCGCAUCCUCACCCUGUCGACCUUGUUCUCUCCGAUGGCGCUCCAGACGUCACUGGGCUCCAUGAUUUAGACAUCUACAUCCAGUCACAACUCCUUUACGCCGCCCUAAACCUGGCUAUAGGCGUACUGCGUCCGGGUGGAAAGUUUGUGGCCAAAAUAUUCCGCGGGCGAGACGUCGAUCUAAUAUAUGCACAGCUCAAAUCGGUAUUCGAGAGUGUUUCUGUGGCGAAGCCCCGCAGCAGUCGUGCGAGUAGCCUGGAGGCAUUCGUCGUAUGCGAAGGGUUUAUGCCACCAGUAGAUGAAAAGAGUGGAGAAUCGAGAAUGGGCCUUGAUAACCCAAUCUUUGGUGGUGGCGCGAGAUCCGACGUUCCGACCGCCCUGGGUACUUCAGAGAUGGAUGGCAUGAGGUGGAUUCCACCCUUUAUUGCGUGCGGGGAUUUAUCAGCUUGGGAUGCUGACGCUUCGUACGAACUCCCGCCGGAUCAUGUUAGCCUUGAUCCUGUGCAACCACCAACGGCCCCUCCCUACAAAAGGGCAUUGGAGUUGAGAAAAGCAAAAGGAGGUGCGUACGGGAAAACAAAAGGAGUCGUGUAUGAUGUCUAG